UCCGUCCCGUGGUAAAUAAUUCAGUUGGCUGAUGUGCUGAUCUGCGUCACACGGCCCUUGUUUGAAUGUAUCGAUCUAGUUAGUGUUGAUAUACCACAGGACAGGUAGAACACGGCCACAGCCUUCACUCAGGUAGGCAGGAAUACCGACAUGGCGACGUUCACGACGGCAGCCUUGGUACUCGUUGUGGUCGUAUUUGUUAUUCUACCCCAUGGAGGCAACGGUGCUGCUACCGACAGACCAACAAUAGUUGUCGUCCUCGACGAAGUCAUCGAGAAACAAAAUGACAAAAUACCCAAAAUACUGGAAAAUUUAAACAAGCCAGACUCGACAGUGACGUUUGAGCUCGUCAACUCGCAAAACAAUGAUUCUCUCGGCACACUAGAUAAAGUUUGUGACAGAGUCGCGGACGGUGUGAUUGGCAUCAUUGACAUCACAUCCCCAAGUGUUGCACCGUUGAUGAGGUCCUUUGCAAGCACACUCGGCAUCGCCUACACCUCCAUUGUCGACAGCUCCUACUACCGCUACUCCAGCGGCGACAGCACCAUCCACUUCGAGGUGGAACCUACUUCAGUCGAGUUGUUGCGUGUCGUCGCAGCAAUCGUUCGCAAGGAGAAUCUGAACAAUGUUGCCAUUGUCUAUGAUGAGUCUUUUGACAUCCAGAACACACCCCGGCGAGUGCUGACGAAUGUGCCGGCCCAACAUCUGUAUGUCCGCCAGACGGCCGACCAGGAGGAGACACAGAGGCAGCUCAAGAUGUUGCAGGACAUCGAGAUCAAGAACAUCUUCAUCAUAUCCAACGUUGACAAUGCUGAAAAGUUCCUCGGCACUGCAGACAAGCUGGCUAACAGUAACUUUGACGUCAACUGGUUUGUGCUGACAAAGGACUACACGCUGGUGUGUGGGGAGUGUCAGAAAGCAAUAGUGGUCAACGAGAUCGUUGCCAGUUCGGAUUACCCUGCUGAUAGCGUGUACUAUGAGGAGUUCUUGGGUCUCCAAAGGACCUCCAUGAAGGUAGACGAAGCGCUCGUAUAUGACAUUGGCAUGAUCACGAAGAAGGCUCUGUCCAAGUUCCCCGACCUCCGGUCCAUCAACUACACUGACUGCUACAAUGUUUCCGAGCCGAAGGUCACAGACUUGCAACAGAGCCAGAACAUCACUCAAGCUCUUAAAGAGAUAUCAUGGAAUGGAGUGUUUGGGGCAAUGUCCCUUCAACAAGGCAUUCUCCGCUAUAACUUCUCUCUGAAAAUCAACAAGAUUGGCUUUGAAGGAGGGGACGACCAAAACAAGAACAUGGUCGGCAACUGGACGGAGCAGACUGGUCUGUCCCUCAGUGUGCAGUCCCUGACCAAAUCCAAUAGCAAAAGACACUACAGGGCCGUCACUGUACCAGGCAUGCACCCGUUUGUGUACAAGGAGGGGGGCGAGAACGGCACUAAACCCACAUACUCCGGCUACUGUAUUGAGCUGCUGGACAAGAUUGCCGAACGGAUGAGCUUUACGUAUGAGAUAUACGACAGCCCUGACGGCUUGGUGGGCUCCAUGGCUUCUGAUGGUAGCUGGAGUGGACUCAUCAACGAACUCAUUCAGAAGAGAGCUGACAUAGCAGUGGGUCCAAUCUCUGUGAUGGCAGAGCGGGAGAAUGUCGUGGACUUCACCGUUCCCUACUAUGAUCUGGUAGGCUUGACCAUUCUGAUGAGGAAGCCCAGCUUUGAUUACUCCCUGGUCAAGUUCCUCAGCGUCCUGGACGAGGAUGUGUGGGGCUGCAUCAUCGGGGCCUUCUUCCUCUUCAGCAUCCUCAUCUGCGUCUUUGACAAACUUAGUCCCUUCAGCUACCAAAACAGCAAGAGAGAAUGGAACGGGGAGGGCCCGGAGCCGCGAGUGUUCUCCUUGAAGGAAGGCAUCUGGUUCUGUAUGAUGUCACUCACGCCCCAGGGGGGAGGAGAGACUCCACGUGCGUUGUCAGGGAGACUGAUUGCUGCCACCUGGUGGCUUUUUGGUUUCAUCAUCAUAGCUACAUACACUGCCAAUCUGGCCGCCUUCCUCACCGUGUCUCGUCUGGAAACACCAAUAGAGUCACUCGAUGACCUCUCGAAACAGUUCAAGGUCAAGUACGCUCCUAUGAAUGGCAGCAACGCUCAAAUCUACUUCCAGCGAAUGGCGGAUAUUGAAAACAAGUUCUACGGCAUAUGGAAAGACAUGUCCCUAGAUGACAACCUGGACGUGGUGUCACGGGCCAAGCUUGCAGUGUGGGACUACCCGGUUAGCGACAAGUACACCAAGCUGUGGGAAACGAUGAAGACGUCCCUGUUCCCGAGUAACAAGAAAGAGGCUGUCGAAAGAGUCCUGACUGGAGAGUUUGCUUUCAUUGCGGAUGCCACCGUCAACAAGUACUCUACCCUGACGAACUGCGACCUGUGGGAGGUGGGAGAGGAGUUCUCCAGGAAGCCCUAUGCCCUGGCGGUACAGGAGGGGUCGCCUCUCCGAAGUCAGCUGUCUAAUAUCAUCCUCCAACUGAUCAACCAGAGGGAACUGGAAGAAAUGAAGACCAAAUGGUGGAGAAAGGAUCAAAAAGAGUGCCCAAAGAUCGAGAACGAGAGCGACGGCAUCAGCAUCAAGAACAUCGGCGGUGUGUUCCUCGUCAUCGUCAUCGGCUCCGGCCUGGCUCUCAUCACGCUGGCCCUGGAGUGCUACUGGUACAAGUACAAGCCGAAACAGAAGAAGAAGCUGUACAACAUCAACUCUCAGACCAACCUGACCAAGAAUACUGUGUCCUCGGUAUCACUGCCUAAUGGCAUAGAAAACGGUGGCUUUGAAACUUCGUUUGAGAGCAUGUUUGAUAAGGAAAAGAAAGAGGAAGAGAACAGGGUCAACGGAACUAUUGACACGGGCAAGAACGAAAAGGAGGACGGUUACAUCAGCGGAGGGUUUCUGGAAAUGGUGGAACGUCUCUGAGCCACACAUAGUCAUCUGUAUGUUGAUGUCAAUGCCAAAAGUCGCACCCGGGAGAUUUGCCAUCAGAAGUCCAUCAUGUAUCUGUUACAUCAGCAACUGUUCUACUACUCAUCACGCACGAUGAAGUCGUAAACAUUAAUUAAAUCUGUGUGGUCUAGCGUAUCCAUUAGAACUUUACAAUUGAUGUUAUUACACAUGUUUGUGACGAGUGUUUAUACUGGAAUUAUAUUUCUGAUUUUUGCAUUGUUUCUACGUGAUCACGUUUGCAGGAAACUUGACCUUCAACUGACCCUGUUGCACAACGUAAACGCCAGGCAUUGAACGCCAGCAUUUGCGUAGUUAUACUGAACAAACAGGUUAAGGAUCACGAAUAUAUAGAGGAUAGUUUUAUGUAAUUGUGUGAUCAAUCUGAUCACUGCAAAAAGAUAUCCACAAAAAUAUUCAUGAGCCCCAACUAUGUUUUGAUCACUUUGUAAUUCCUAUAUGGCCGCACAGUAAUAAUAACUGCCAGUGGUUGUUCUUCGUUAGGCAUCUUAUUGAUACAGUUCCGUCCAGUGUGUGACAAUGUGCGUGUUUUUACAGUGUUUAUAUUAUAUGCUAAUAUUGUGUAAUUUAUGCUUGUGCAGACCAUCACAGUAACGUUAAAAGCAAGCAUCACCGAAGUGUCUUUCAUGACGUUUUCUUAGUCACGUUUUGCAAACAUGCCUUGCUCGUUCGUUUUGUUUUAACGUUCUUACACUGUAGAUCCUGUUAAAUACAUCACAUAUAUAUCCUUGGCCUUCUUUGUAUGAAUGAUGUGUCAUUUAUUUGUCAUACGACACAUAUUAUAUAUGCCUUUUUAUACUCUCGCCGAUGUCUUUUAUAUAGGGUGGUUAGGUAGCCGAGUGGUUAAGCGUUCGCCGCAAAGACGAAGCCCCGGGUUUGAUUCUCCACAUGGGUGCGGUGUGAUUCCACUCUGUCAGGAUUAUAAAGCGCAGGACGUUUGUAAAACACAAACAAUACAAAUAACCUCAGCGAUGUCAGUGCCUUAGGGUUUUCAUAUUCGUCUUACCUCCCGGUCCUGUUCAGAACGUACAGAAUUUUGUUACCUGAACGAUUUCUCACCGAACAAUUCGGAUGAAUGGAUUUCAUUGUUCCCUACAUCUACAUCUCCCCUACAUCUGAACAUCUUUUGACAAAAAUGUAACCUUUAAGCUGUAUGCUUACUAUGCAUCGCUGUUUAAGACUUUAAUGAAUUAGUUUCUCUGAUGUGGGCGUAUUUGCAUUGUUUCCAACAUGUGUAGAUAAUGCACAAUAUCUAAAUGUAUUUCAUAAUAUAUAUUGUAUUAAAUUAUAUCCUUGUUUCAAAUUAUGUUAUCUGUUUUUUAAAGCAGUGAACCUCCAUCCUACAUGUCAUAAUUGCUCAUGUUUAUUAUUGCGAUGGUGCCUUUAAUAAAUAGAUAUAUGCAUUGACAUCGCCGACAGUAUGGCGAAAAGGGUGAACUUAUGUUGUUGUUUUUACCAUUCUUAAUGAUGAUACAACAUAGUCAUAUCAGGGGCGGCGGGGUAGCCGAGUGGUUAAAGCGUACGCUCGUCACGCCGAAGACCCAGGCUCGAUUCCCGACAUGGGUACAAUGUAUUAAGCCCAUUUCUGAUGUCCCCCGCCGUGAUAUUGCUGGAAUAGUGUUAAAAGCGGCGUAAAUCCAUACUCAGUCAUAUCAAUGAGUCAUGAGACUCUACGUUUCAGGUCUUGUUAACCAUGUGCGUUUUCUGUUGUCUUUGGCACACCUGAGUUUACACAGUCAGGUACGGGUUGAUGAGGAGUAUUGAUUAUCUGUUCCUUGUCAAGCCUUCACUAAACCAUUCUUCGCCGAUUAGUAUGAAUUAAUCAAAAUUGUUAUCACCGCACACAUUCCGAAUGUUGAUGGCCUAUACAUGCGUUUCACAUUGUGACGUCCCCUGACAUAUAGUUCAGUUCACUCAUUUGAGUCCAACAACUUGAAAAAUAUUUCUCUUUAUGUCAGUUCAAAUCGGACAAUCAGAAAACUGAAUUUGAGUAUGGAUUAUGAAUCUAAUGGCCAUAGGCAUACUUUAUAACCCGUACGUUAUUGUGCAAACGAUUGUUCUGUUAUACGUGUAAUUAUUGCAUGAAUAAAG